CGAUUCUCCAGACAUCUCAUCGCACCUACCCAACAAACUUUCGCCUCUUUCCAUAUUACAAUGCCAAAUGUCGGUCGACCGAGCCGUGACUGUCAUACAUGUCGAAAGCGACGUACCAAGUGCGACCUAGAGCGUCCUGGGUGUGGUCAGUGUCGGAGAAAGGGAUCGUCAUGUCCCGGCUACCGCGAUGAAGCGACUGCUCGCUUUCGAAUUCAAAAUGUAUCCUCAUUUACCGGUGCUCUGGGCAAAGAUCGGCGAAAAAGACAAGGUCGUGGGGAGUCCAAUAUAUUCACCAAAGGUCGAAACCAAAUUACCGUAACAAACGACUGUGUUGAUUAUAGAAACCAAGCUAAAACCUCAAGAAACUCUGUGCAACAUUCAUCAGCCUUCCUGUGCUCCUUGACAGAGUCUUGGGAUAUUCAUAUCCUCCCUUUCUUCAUGGAGUGUGUUCAAUCCGCACAGGAUCUAUCAAGAGACAUAUACGGCAUUAUGCCACGUGUGAUUGCUCAGGCAAAAAGUUCAUCUGCUCUUUAUCAUGCUUGCAACGCGGUGGCAUCCAUCUUUCUAGCUCGCAAAGUGCAGUUUCCCAAUACUGUCUCCAACCACGUCAGAGCAUAUGACACGGCCAUUUCCACCUUACGAACCGCCUUACAAGAUCCUCAAGAAGUCAAAAGUGAUGACACCUUGUUAGCCAUCUGGUUAUUAAGUAUGUACGAGUUCCUUCACGAUGAAAGAAAUGUCACCCAUUCGUGGCUAUUUCACUCUGGAAUCAUUGCCCACUUAAUCAGAGUGAGAGGCCCCGAGCAGUUCUCACGGCAGGACGGAAGAGACUUGUUCCUAGUUCUCUUAAGCAAUACGGAGAUGCAAACAUACAUGCUUGGUAAGGAAUGGAAAGAAGCUACCACAUGGUUUCAGCACUUCUACAGAUAUUGUGACGCAUGGGAGUAUCUAAGACUUCGAACAUGUGUCUUCUGCCACCAGUGCAGCCAGCUCUGUGGAAAAAUUCAAUGUCUCCUAAAUGCAAACCAGCCAGAUGAGAUUCUGGCUAAUGCAUCAUCCAUCCAACAAGAUGCUGAGGCAGUAGGAAAUGACACGUUUCCAUUGGUUGACCUAGAACCCAUUGCUUACCGCUCCAUAUACUCUCCACUUGUACCUGAUGCUUGUCCAGAUCAAUUCGAUGGCCAGUAUUGCGGUGGGGCGCUGAUUAUGCAGACUAACUUUCGAAUGCGAUUAGCAUAUCAUCUGUUAGCAUUCUUCCAGCGGGCAUCGAAUCUAUCUAUUUGUACAGCCGACCAACGGGAGACAUACAAAGGCUUGCAGAAUCACUAUAUUCGAGAAAUUCAUACCCUCCCGAAUCGGGUAUUGCAUCUUUAUCCUGAGAAGUCCUCCCAGUUGUUUGUUGCUGGACAGACAAUCAAAAGCGGAGCAAAGGAAGAGAGUUUGUCCCCUACAGUUAAUACGAAUCGCGACCAUUUUACACAGGAUCCUGUCACAGAGAGAGCUAAGCAAACUGACCUGGAUCUCUCUCGAAUGAUAAAGGUUGAUAUAGACUUUGAGAGAGUUGCAGACGGAAAAUCCACUCUUGUUCUCGACUAUCGUGAAUCUGCCAUCAUUGUGACCCAACUCGCAUUCGAUUCUUUAUAAAAGAAUAAAUAUUAUAUUGCGCAUUGACGACGCGGCCAGGCUAGGCCAUUCAAUGCUUCUUCAUGGCCAUCAUCACCCAAAUUGCCAUGUCUCAAAGUCAGUUAAGGAAAAUACCAUCAGCCGUUAGGGUCCAAAAAUUGAGUUGUCGUUUCCUGGACACAGGGUAUGCUUUACGUCUCAGCUUGCUAAGCUGCCAUUUGUACGAAGACCACGAUUAUUGGCUUUACAUUCUUGAGUAAAUGUUACACUAUAUAACUAUGAUGCAACAAGUCUUUGGCUGUUAGUGCUAUUAUUCUCUCCCUGUUGAUAGCCCCGUUUCUAGGAAUGACAGACCGUAAAC